AUGGCAUCUUCCCAGUCGUUUCCGGACAGCUACGCUGCCCUCGACCUCCCUACUCUCCAGCUCUUCCACCAUCCCGCCUCCUCAACCUCCGUCACUCCCGUCAUCGUCAUUAAACUUCAUCGUCCAGAGGUCCGCAAUGCAUUCACCGACACCAUGUGCGCUUCCCUCUCCGAGGCCCUGAACCUCAUCUCGGGCGACCCCCGGGUCCGCGCCGUGGUCAUCACCUCGUCUGACCCCAAGAACCGCAUGUUCUGCGCCGGCAUGGACUUUAACGAGGAACACCUCCUCGGCAAGGACGCCAAUGACCACCGCGACUCGGGCGGCAAGGUCUCUCUCCCCAUGUAUCACUGCGCCAAGCCCGUCAUCGUCGCCCUCAACGGGUCUGCUGUCGGCGUCGGCAUCACCAUGACUCUGGGUGCCAACAUCCGCAUCGCCAGUCGCGACGCCAUGGUUGGCUUUGUCUUUGCUCGCCGAGGCUUCAGCAUGGAGGGCUGCAGCAGUUUCUUCCUGCCGCGUCUCGUUGGCACCAGCCGGGCUCUGCAUUUAACAACGACCGGCGCUGUGUACCCUGCCGGGCACAAGCUCUUGGACGGCCUCUUCAGCGAGGUUGUCGCACCCGAUGAGGUUCUUCCAACGGCUCUCAAGAUUGCCGACGACAUUGCAGCUAAUGUCAGCAACGUUUCCACGCGGGUCAUGAAGGACAUGAUCUACAGAAGCGUGGGCUCCCCAGAGGAGGCUCAUCUGCUGGAGAGCAAGAUCUUUUGGCACUUGUUCACAGGUAAAGACGCCAAAGAAGGGAUGCAGAGUUUUCUAGAGAAAAGGAAGCCCAACUUUACCGGGAACAUGGAGGACAAUGCGCCGACAGCGUGGCCGUGGUGGUCUCCGGUUGACGUUCGAAAGUCAAAGCUAUAA